UCCACUGCAACUGCGAGCGAAGCCCUAGCCCUUGCCCUUGCGUGCCUUCUCUCUCGCAACUUCACCGCAGCCAUGAUUAUCCCCGAGAAGAAUCGGAGAGAGAUCUCCAAGUACCUCUUCCAAGAGGGAGUUUGCUAUGCAAAGAAGGACUACAAUCUUGCAAAACACCCAGAAAUUGAUGUUCCAAAUCUGCAGGUGAUUAAGUUGAUGCAGAGCUUUAAGUCAAAGGAAUAUGUACGGGAGACAUUUGCAUGGAUGCACUACUACUGGUACCUCACUAAUGAUGGGAUUGAGUUUCUUAGGACUUACCUGAAUCUCCCAUCAGAGAUUGUGCCUGCCACUUUGAAGAAGUCUGUGAAACCCCCUGGUCGGCCAAUGGGUGGCCCACCUGGUGACCGUCCACGUGGCCCGCCUCGCUUUGAUGGAGACCGUCCCAGGUUUGGUGAUCGUGAUGGGUAUCGUGGAGGCCCUCGUGGCCCUCCAGGCGAGUUUGGUGGUGACAAGGGAGGAGCUCCUGCUGACUUCCAGCCUUCAUUUAGGGGGUCGGGUGGAAGGCCUGGCUUUGGACGAGGAGGUGGAGGUUUUGGUGCUGCACCAUCAAGCUCAAACUUUUGAAAAUUGUUGUUGCCUUAAGUUUCAUAAUUUUGGAAAUUUUAGGAGUUCAAAUUUAAGAACUUAUUUGAUGGACGUGUUGAAUUUUUCAUGGUGUUAGAUCCAAAGUACAUUAUUGAGCUUACUAUGAGAUAUAUAAGUUUUGCUGAGUUUGAUUGUU